UAUUAUUUAUUCAGGAACUUUCAUUUAGAGCAUUUGAUUGAUGUCUACUACAUUUGAAGUUUUUUUAUAGUUUUUCCUUUGAGAAAAUGCAGCCAGAAAUUCAGCCAACAUCUUUGAAUGCGGAGCUCCUUAAAUUUUCACGAAGUUACUGAGCCACGAUAUUCAAAAUCCAGAUCUGAGCAAAAAGGAAAUUGAACUUCAUUUAAAGUUUCGGUCGUAAAAAUGGACAAUGCCACUAACUCUUCGGUCACUGGUUCCAAGGGAGAGAGUUUUGAACUGAUAAUCACAAAAACCUCGAUUUGUAUGUUCGUUCUCGUUUUGUCCUUAAUUGAAAACAUUGCGGUUCUUGUGAUACUAAAACAGAACUGUGGAAAUCGAAUGAGAACUGCUAAUAGCUUUUUUAUCGCAAACAUGUCAGCAGCCGACGUCCUCUUUGCCGCGCAGAAUAUACCACAUGCAUAUAACAAUUAUAUCCUGAAGGGCCGAUGGAUUCUUCUGGGAAACAUUGGAAUGGUUUUCUGCAAGAUCGACGUUUUCUUUUCUCUCAUUUCCAUGGUGACCACAAAUCUUACCAUCUUGGCCAUCGCUGUUGAUCGAGUGUUUGCCGUGUACGUUCCCUUCAGAAAAAUUAUCACUCGAAGAGUUUGCCUCUCUAUUAUUUUCCUGACAUGGUUCAUUUCCACCUUAUUCGCCUCUCCCAUGCUGCAUUAUGCUGAUUUGAAGAGCAAAGGCGAAGACUUCAUAAUCUGCAGCCUCACGAACGUAGAAGUUUUGAAAACGUGGUAUACGGUUUUGGCGGGAAUUUUAGCAACGACACUCAUCACAAUGCUAACUUUGUACACUGCCAUUGGAGUGAAACUUGGGCGCCGAAAAUUACCUGGCAACGCUAGCCAACGAGGCAACAGACGGAGAGAAAAGCGCAAUCGCGACAUUUUCAAGAUGCUCAUCACGCUAAUAAUUGUGUUUCAUGUGUGCUCGUUACCGAUUUUCACUCUACAGUUGUCCUACACUCUCGGAUUCUAUGAGCUAUUGAAAAUAAACCAGAUUCGUUUUAUUGCCCUUCUGUUGUUCUUCUUGAAUGGCGCAAUUAAUCCCAUAAUUUACGUCACUUUUAAUGGGAGCUUUCGCGAUGGUGUGAAGGCGGCUCUGCCAAAGUGCUGCAAAUUCUCCAGAAGUGUUGUUUACACUGUUGACAGACAUGCAGGCACAAGUAGGAGAAGCGCAGACAGCGGAAAUUCUGGAAGGUCUUCGACUCAGCUUUGAAUGGAAAAAUCAGAGAAAGGUCUGCAUGAAGUAAAACGACCUUUGCAUCUAUGAGUGCCGUAAGCAACCAGAACCAUUGAAACUAAUAAUGAUUCACUUUGUUCCCUAACUGCAAGUGAGAGCGAAAUUCAUUGUACUUUAUAACAGCUUAAGACAGUGGUCAUUUGUCCUGUAGCGCUCAAACGGUAUAAAUGCAAAGAGCCUAUAACAUUUACUCCAUUGACAAGGACAAAGAUGACGGCUAAAAAUUACAUCCAUUUGAGCUCGGUUUUUAUUCAGAUUCCUUUUUCUUAUUGAUUUACAUGUAAAACAACUGGCAAGACAUCGCAUCAUCUACAGUAUGGGUAUGUUAGACCCUAUAUUACGAACUCACAAUAUGACCAGUUCACAGUUGAUUGCUCAGUCGGCAUAAUCGUGGGCGUUGUUUUUAACAUCGAAUUUGUGGUAGUAGAUAUAAUAUUAUGUAUGUAGGAAGAGUUUAUCAUGUAAAUCGUGAUUUUAAUCUUACUGCAAGAUUUAGAUCAGUACUUCUUCUAUAAACACAGUCUAGAACAAAAAGCGCAGCGCCAAAAAAAAAAAAAAUUUGAACCUCUUUGUUGGAUAAUUUAAAUGCGCAUAAUAACUUCUCUUUUUCCUGACAGUUAUCACUUAUUCCUGUCUGCCUUGAAGAUGUCAUCGACAGUCUUUCCCUUCGUUUUCGACGAUUUCCAUAAUGUAUUAUAUGGGGAACUAAUUGUUUGACACUUCUAGUAAAGUAGCGCGAAGCAUUGUAGUAUAGUGAAGUGCAGUGUACUUUUUUCAUUGUUAUCUCCUGUGGUCUUAAUUAUACUAUAUUGUCUUGUUGUCAAUAAUAAUAAUAAUAAUAAUAAUAAUAACAAUAAUAAUAAUAAUAAUAAACAUUUCUAGUGGCUGCAGCUCCGUUAGCUUUGAGUGGUACGUCUUUUUUUCUU